AUGAGAAGCAUCGAUUCUAGUUUACCUCAGUGUAUUAAACUGGGAGGCAGUGAACUCCUAACCUUGCAAUCUGAUGGGGACGUUGUGAUUGGGGGGCUUUUCCCGCUGCACUAUGUUGCUCCUGAACCACAGUACAGCUACAACAGCAAACCCCAAAUUGCAAAUUGCAGUGGCUUUGACCUCAGAGCUUUUCACUGGAUGAUGACUAUGGUGUUUGCAGUGAAGGAAAUUAACCACAAUUCAAGCCUGUUACCAGGUGUUAAACUAGGCUACCAGAUUAUGGAUAGCUGUGACCAUGUUCACGGCAGCCUACAAGCUCUUUUUUCCUUAGUCAGUCAGUCUACAGCUGUGAAAAGUGAGAUCAAAGAACCUGCAGAAACAGAAAACAGUGGUAUUGAAUCUUCCACAUGUCUGCAUUAUUCUCCUGUGUCUGCUGUGAUUGGUCUCGCAUCCUCUUCUCCUACAAGAGCUGUAGCUCAGACACUUGGCGCAUUCAACAUACCACUGGUGAGUUAUUUUGCCACUUGUACGUGUCUCACUGACAAGAAUUUGUACCCAUCAUUCUUGAGAACUGUGCCAAGUGAUCUCUUUCAAGUUAGAGGUCUCGUACAGCUUGUCACUUUUUUAGGCUGGUUCUGGGUGGGCACAAUAGGCACUAUGGAUGACUACAGUCUUUAUGGCAUCCAAGCAUUCACUAAUCAGUUUGGACACCAAGGUGGCUGUGUAGCAUUUCAUCUCACUAUUCAAACAUCACCCAAUGUGGCUGAAAUUCAAGAAAUGGCAGACAAACUGCAGAGUUCAACUGCUCGGGUUGUAAUUGUCUUUGCCACAGAAGGUCAACUGCAUGAUUUGUUCUCAGAACUAGCUCAGAGGAAUGUGACAGGGAUACAGUGGAUAGCCAGUGAAGCCUGGGUGACAGCUGGCCGGCUAGCCUCACCAAAAUUCUACCCUCUCCUAGAAGGAACACUGGGCUUCUCAUUCCCUGGAGUCACCAUACCUGGCUUAAAAGAGUUUCUUUUGGCUCUUCGCCCCUCUCCCAAACCUGGGAUGGAAUUUAUUAAUAUGUUCUGGGAAGAACAUUUCGGUUGUAAGCUUGAGUUUGAAACAGGCAGAGCCAAAGAAUAUGAAACAAAGAUUCCAGUAUGCACAGGUUCAGAGGAUCUGACAUACACUGACAGCAGUUAUAAUGAUUUAUCUCGGGUCACAAUAGCCUAUAAUGUGUAUAAAGCUGUGUACGCCAUUGCCCAUGCUCUCCACACUUUUUUGAACUGUGAUUCUGCAGAACCUAACAAUGGAUUAUGUGAGAAGACCAGCUCAUUUACAACUGGUCAGUUUCUUCAUCAUCUGAAGUUGGUGAAUUUCACCAACCAGUUUGAUGAGAGAGUAUAUUUCGACUCCAAUGGAGAGCCAGUCCCUCUGUAUGACAUCAUUAACUGGCAGAAGGACAGCAAGGACAAAGUGAGAUUUAUCAAAGUUGGAAGCUGGGAUGGUUCGGCUCCACAAGGAGAACAGCUGCAGAUAAUGAAGAACACUAUUGUAUGGACAAAAGGACAAUCACAGGUUCCUAUAUCUCAGUGUAGUGCUUCAUGUCCACCUGGCAGCAGGCAGGCCACACGCCGAGGAGAGCCCAAAUGCUGCUUUGACUGUUUGCCCUGUGCAGAUGGAGAGAUCAGCAACCAGACUGGUUCCACUGAAUGCAUAAAAUGCCCUGAAUACUACUGGUCAGACAAAGAGAAAGUGAAAUGUGUUGCAGGUGAAGAGGAAUUUCUGUCUUUCAGUGACACCAUGGGUAUCAUCCUGGUUGUUCUCACCCUACUGGGUUUCAUCCUGACAACCAUCAUCACCAUUGUCUUUCACAGUUUCCGCUAUACACCCAUCGUUAAGGCCAACAACGCUGAAAUAAGCUUCUUGCUUCUCCUGUCACUCAAGCUCUGUUUCCUGUGUUCUCUGGUGUUCAUUGGUCAGCCAUCUUGGUGGACAUGUAGGCUCCGCCAGGCAGCCUUUGGAAUCAGCUUUGUCCUGUGUCUGUCCUGCCUCCUUGUUAAGACCAUUGUGGUCCUCCUGGCUUUCCGAACAAAUGUACCUGGUUCCAGGGGUCUGAAGCUGUUUGGUUCAUCUCAGCAGAGGAUUCUGAUCUUGUGCGCUACAGCUCCUCAGAUCUGUCUCUGUACUGGCUGGGUGUUUGGAGCACCUCCCGUUCCAUUCAGGAACUCAAACUACCAACCUUCAACUGGAAAAAUUGUUGUGGAGUGUAAAGAGCCGUGGCCACCUGGAUUUUACCUGCUCCUUGGUUACAUUGGCCUGCUGGCCUUUGUCUGCCUCCUCCUGGCAUUCCUUGGACGAAAGCUACCGGAUACAUUCAACGAAGCAAAGUUCAUCACCUUCAGCAUGCUCAUUUUCUGGGCUGUGUGGAUUUCUUUCAUCCCAGCUUAUGUCAGCUCUCCUGGGAAAUUCUCUGUGGCAGUGGAAAUAUUUGCUAUAUUAGCCUCCAGUUUUGGAUUGUUACUGUGUAUUUUUGUGCCCAAAUGUUACAUCAUUUUACUGCACCCUGAGAGGAAUGUUAAGAAAAGCCUAACUGGAAAAUAUUGGAGGUGA